CCUGUGUGGGUUUUCUGCGGGUACUGCGGCUUUCACCCACAGUCCAAAAACAUGCCUGGCGGGCUCACGGGUGACUCGAAAUUGUGAUUGCGCUCGCAAAUGGUCGUUGUGUGCCCUGCGAUUGGCUGGCGACCGGUUCAGGGUGCCCCCCGCCUACUGCGCGAUGACAGCUGGGAUCGGCUCAGGCAUGCCCGCGACCCUCCUGAGGAUAAACCGGAUCAGUUUAUGGAUUUAUGACUGGAUGGUGACGUUCCCAAAAGUGACUGAGUAGCAUGCACCGGAAAGUUAAAAAAAAAAAAAAAAAAAAAAACCCUGUUGCGCCCAUCAACGCGAAAUACGGCAGAUGUGUCGAUCAUAACUGGCCGCACGAAAAAGUCUCAAGGAAACCUGGCGAAAAUGUAAUCAGAAAAUCAGACCUUUUGCUUUGAAUCAGCCAUUCUGGGCAAAUUCCAGGGAAUCACAUGUCAACCACCUCGCACUGGACUUUCUCUUUCAAGCCCCCCCGCCCCGUUUUAUUUUCAGUGACUUUCCGCAGUCCAGUCAUCCCUCGCAUCUUGACAAAUAGCCACGAAAUUGAGCAAUAUUAAAUUGGCACCUCCAGCCACAAUAAGAAUCAGAUGGCAGCUUUGCGGCUUUUGUUUCGGUGUUCCCUCCCCAAAGUCGAGGCGGCUGCUCUCAUCAAGAGAACACAGUCGGGCUCUGUGACUGAGUGGGAGGGUGUGCUCUCCAAACAGGCCUUGCCUUUACCCGAUCCUAUCAGCGCCGAGGUUCAUAGGUCACCGCCGUCUUGUGUUUAUAAACACCGCCGACAGCCAUGAAAUACGUUUCUCGCCACGCUUGACGCCGAACCUUUGGUCGGCGCGCCGUCGCCCCUGAGUUCUCACCUCUCAUUCAACGCCCCGAAAAGGGGACCAGAAGUUGGGCACAAUGCGAGUCCACGUGCACACCAGGUUUUGUUUGUUGUGCGUGCUCACCUUCCUCUACCAUCAAUCCAGCCACUGUCACGGUGACGGCCACCGCCAGCAGCAUCACGGUCAUCACCACGCCAGCCACGCCCACAACGACCUGCAGAUUUCCGAGGCUCCCUAUGUGACAAGAGCGUCCCCGCCCGCCGAGUCGGCACUUCCCGACGGGGCGCCUUUAGAGGAAGAGCAGCAGUUUUACAUCCGGCAGUUGUUCAGGCGCUACGGCCAGAAGGACCGGCUUGAUUUCCAAGGGUUUCAGAGCAUGCUGGUUAGCCUGGGUCUCGGCGAAGUCAAAGUGGUCGAUGUGGCCCACGAUGACCUCGGGCACGACCACGUCGCUCAUCUCGACAUUCUGGACGUGCAGGAGGGCCUCCAUUCACACGGUAAAGCCCACGGCCGCAGCCACGCGCAUCACAGUCCCAGCGCCCACCAUCCGCACACGGAGCACGGCCCCACGCGGUGCGGCCAGAGCACCGCCUCCGUCACGCCUCCCAGCACGUCGAGAGAGCGCCCCCAUAAACAUCAUGGCGAUCACGAUCAUAACCACGACCAUACACACGGCGCGGAGCACGGUCACCAUCACGAUCACGCCGAAGACGACGGCGGCCAUCAUUCUGAACGCGCUCUGAUGGGCGCAGCUUUGCCUCCGGCCAGCCGCGAGCGUCCGUCUUCCGCCCCGGUGGACCUGCGGUCUUCUCCCGCCCCCGCAAACGCAAAGUCCAAGAGGCCAAGGAAGCCAGGGAGGAUCCGAGGGCAAAACAAAACCCUCUCAUCUACCGCGCCGCUGUCUGAAAACCACGACCACAGAAACGGAGUGGACCACGGUCACGGCCAUUCUCAUAAAGACAAGCGAGAAGCACCGGGAGGCCCCGACAGCGCCACAGUUCCGGGCCCCAUUUUCUCUGCGCAUGCCAGUGGCUUGACUCACCAGCAUGAGGAGUGUUUGAACCUGACCCAACUCCUCCACCACUACGGGCUGAGUCCCGAUUCGCUCAUCUCUCCGAGCCAGUUCACCUACCUGUGCCCGGCUCUGCUGUACCAGAUCGACAGCCGGCUGUGCAUCCGCCAUUACCACCAGAAGGACGUUGAACAGGAAGCAUUGGACAAUGUCAGUUCUGUGUGGACCUGGGUGUGGGGCUUUGUGUCCAUCACCAUCAUCAGCCUGCUGUCUCUGCUGGGAGUGGUCUUGGUGCCCAUCCUCAAUCAGUCCUGCUUCAAGUUCCUGCUCACCUUCCUGGUGGCGCUGGCCGUGGGCACCCUCAGCGGCGACGCCCUCCUUCACCUGCUGCCUCACUCUCAAGGGCAGCACGACCACGGCGACGCCGGCCACGCUGGCGAUCUGGCGAGCGACUUUGAUGGAGUGUGGAAGGGCCUGACGGCGUUGGCCGGCAUUUACCUCCUCUUCAUUUUCGAGCAUUGUAUCGGCAUGUUUAAGCACUACAAGGAUCAAAGGGUGAGACAAACCGCCACCGGGCCUCAGACUGCCACAAUCUCGGAUGCCGAAUGGGUGCACUUGAAGGCUCUCGGUGACGAUCCCGACGGCAGCGCCGUCUCCUGCGACGGCGAGCACAAUGACACGCAACUCACGGAGUUGCGGGCGCUCGACGACUCGCCCGCCGACAAGACGGCGCCGAAAGCGGCGGCGGACGGCCACAAGGCCGCGCAGGGCGGCCGCGGCCACGGCCACGGCCACUCCCACGGCGGCAACUGCCACUCGGAUCAGGAGAUGAAGGACGCCGGAAUCGCCAGCAUCGCCUGGAUGGUCAUCAUGGGCGACGGCAUGCACAACUUCAGCGACGGGCUCGCCAUCGGCGCGGCGUUCAGUGCAAACCUCACAGGAGGCAUCAGUACUUCCGUGGCUGUUUUCUGCCACGAACUACCUCAUGAACUCGGUGACUUUGCGGUGCUGCUGAAAGCGGGCAUGUCGGUGAAACAGGCCAUUGUGUACAACCUGCUGUCGGCCCUCAUGGCCUACGUGGGCAUGCUGAUCGGCACCGCCGUGGGCCAGUACACGCACAACGUCACCAGCUGGAUCUUCGCCAUCACAGCCGGAAUGUUCCUCUACGUGGCUCUGGUGGAUAUGUUGCCCGAGUUGCUCCACGGCGACAGCGAGGUGCACAAGCGCUGCCAGCUGGGGCACUUUCUGCUGCAGAACCUGGGACUGCUGACCGGGUUUGGCAUCAUGCUGCUCAUCGCCAUCUUCGAGGACCGCAUCGUCUUUGACUUUGGCUUUUAAAGCGACGCCAACGGGGGGAAAUGAAGAGUGGAGCUUUUCAGUAUUCUUCUCGCUCGGCGUCGCAUUUCGUGACCUCAAUGUCAUUUGUCGUGUUUACAGCAUCGUCCCCCCCCACCCCUCCCUCAUUUAGCCCCAUUCGUCUUCCAUCAAAGCAUUACUCCGACAAAGCACAAGCGAGCUGUCUACCCGGGUUGGGAUAAACCGCUCCUCGGAAACUCAUUUUGGCAGCUCUUUAAGCCGCCGUGUCAAAACAAGAGCAGAUCUUGCCCGUUUUGGGGGCUUCGGCAUGGCUGAAAGCUCAACAAUUUGUGCUCCGUGCAUGUAUCCGGGUGAAAAUCUACUGUAUGUAUUUCAGAGGCCUUGCUCGCUAGCGCACCCCGGAACGCGAGAUGAAAUUGCCGUGGACUUGAAAUCACGAAGAGGAUAGAAAAAUGUUUGAAGUGUGCCUGAAAUUAAAUAGGAAGUCGUCCAUUUCAGUUGGAAGCAACCAACUUGGCAAUUUGCCCCCAAAGCAAAUUCAACAUUUGUGUUGAGAAAAUGACCGCCG